AUGGCCUAUAGAAACCUUGAUUUCGACGCCGAUAAACAAAUUCAGUACCAAGAACUGCGAGUGGACAUGGCGAAGCUUCAUGAGGACGAUGAAUCUAUAUUUGGUCCUGUGGCUGCUUUCAAGUUACCGGAUGAUUUCAAAACCCGUUCAAAGGAAGAGCAGGCCAAAGCAAAGCAUCGUGUAAAAGAGUCAAAAGAUAUGAUAACGAAAGGACAGAAGAGAGUGAUGGAAAAGGUGAAGGAAAUCAGACAGAGUUUCUCUAAAGCUGUAGUUUCUGGAAGUAGGAGUGGCAGUGGAAAACUUGUUUACGAAUUUUACGACAAACUGAUAACAUUGUGGGGGGGUGGUUCUGCCGGAACAGAGCCCCUUUCUUAUGGUGUAGGAGGAGAUGAUUUUCUGGAAGACAAUGAAGUUGUCCAAUGUCACAAUCCAGAAGAUGACAGCUUAAGUUUGGAUUUGGAAACUGCAGGUACUUCAUCUGGUUCAAGUGAUCUAGGCCCUGGAGAUGAUGGGGGGGUAGUGCAAGUGGCGAUGUGGCACCUGGUAACAAACGCAAAGCUAACUGUGUACCAAAGCUAA